UUACUGGACACCGACUUACGGAACAUCAUCAACGGGGGCACCCUCACCAACGAGCAUGCCCGGCUCUUCAUGUACCAGCUGCUCCGCGGCAUCAAAUACCUUCACAGCGCCAAUGUCCUCCACCGCGACCUCAAGCCGGAGAACCUGCUGAUUAAUCUGGAAGAUCUGGUGCUUAAGAUUGGGGAUUUUGGGAUGGCCCGAAUUCUUGACCCAGAUUACUCCCACAAGGGUCAUCUCACACAGAACGUCUCCACCCGCUGGUACCGGUCCCCCGAGCUCAUCUUCUGCCCAUCAGACUACACCAAGGCCAUUGACCUGUGGUCGGCGGGCUGCAUCUUCGCCGAGAUGCUGGGCGGUAAGCCGCUCUUCCCCGGCGAGCAUGACCUGGACCAGAUGCUUCUCAUCCUGGAGAUGAUCCCCAUCAAUGAGGUGGACCUCGUCGAAGUGGAGGGCUCCAUCCCCAGAAAGAUGCUGAAAAAUUACAAAGGGACCCCCCGCAUUUCUCUGUGUGAUGUGCUUCCAAGUGUUGAACUGGAUGCAAUGGAUCUCCUGAAAUCUCUGCUGACCUUCGACUCAAAUGAAAGGGCCUCUGCAGAAGAGGCCAUUAGCCACCACUACCUGAAACUGUAUUCCUGCGCCUCAGAUGAACCGCUAGAGGCAGACCCCUUCAGAGUGGAGUGUGAGGUGGACAAUCUCUCCCCAGUCACGCUCCGGAAGAUCAUCUUCAUUGAGAGUCAGGCCGGGUAUGACUCUGGGCACCAGCUACUGCCAAACGCAUUGCGGUUGUGGACGGCGAAUGACUCAGAAGACGACUACAAGCGGAAACUAGAGUUACUUAACUUCUCCUCCAGGGACAACUCAGACCUGGAUUCUGAAGAGGAGCUUUGUGAGAAGUUAGACUCGGACAAGACUUCCCCUGAGGAGCUUGGGCUCUCUGUCCUAGACAAGAAUACUGACAGCGGGAAUGAAGCCAGCGAAAAGUUCCAAGAGGAGACAAAAGAACGGAAGCUUCUCCAGUGGGAGCAGAAUGUGACAGGAAGGGAAACCUCGGACGAAGUCCUGGAGAAAGGCACCGUCGAGUCUGACGGAGAGUCCAGCGAGAAGUCAGAGGCGGAAGUCGGCAAAACAGAAAAGGACAUGGAGCAGGAGGUUACCCCUGCCCAGUCAGACCAGGAUGCCGCUGACGAAUCCUUGGAGAAACACAUUUCAGCGUUUCCCCCCAAAUUCAACAAAAAUGCCUUUCUCAAAUCGAGUUUGGAAACUGAGAAUGGAGAGAAGCAACCAGCCAAAGAGCAAGGCUUCUCCAGCGACUUGCCGGAAAAGGCUAUCGGCGACAAGCUGCAAAAGGAGAAACAGGAGAAGACUCCGAGCAUAGAAAGCACCAAGGAGUCUCAGGUGCCCGCCAACGCAGAGCAAAGUGUGCGCCGCAAGGAGAGGGAGAACAAAGAGUUGCUCAACAUUCACACCUCCCAGUUGACAAACAACAAGGUGCUUUACAAUGAAGAGAAGACCCUCCAGCAGUGUUUAGCGAAAUCUUGCCAAGUCGAGGACAUCCCAGGAAGCCAGAAUACAAACAUUCCCCCGAGGAGCAACGAUUCCACGAGUCAGGAAGGCUCCACGUUAAUACCUCCACAGGUUGCCUUGAGCUCAUCCAACGUCGGGGUCAAGUCGGUCCGUCACGUGGCUCACGAGAGGAGGUCGUUGUCACGGCCCGUGGGAUUCGACGAGAUGCUCUUUGUGGAAAUCCCCAGAAACUCAUCCAGCCUACCAGGAUCGCACUGGUCACCUCCUCGGGAUGCAGAAAAGCCCUCGUCGGUGCAGAGUCCCCGAUCCAGGGGGAGUAACUCACCGAGAGAGAAGAGCGUCAGGCCCAAAAAACAAGAUUGGUUUUACAUGCAUAAGGGGAGCAGCAACUGAAGAAAUGUAUCAGCCAAUUUUAAUUUUUGUCUCAGUCACGUCAUUCAGGUGAGAAUAGAGAGGUCUUGUCAGCAGUGAAGUAUGCAUACCUUGUGCCAUAUAUAUAAUCGUUAUUGGUCACUCUGUCGGUGCAUAAACGAGUGCUACACGGACGUGCGACAAGCAAGGUACAUGUACAUGUAUCUGUACCUUGUGCAAGCAGCUUCUGGUGAGUGGAGUAUGAUGUCACAUGACCUAUCCGUAUCUGGCAUGCCUAUAAUGCCCAGUGGCAGACAAGGUCUCUCUAAUUUCAUCCACAUGACCCGUGACUAGAUAUUCUCUGUAUUGAGCACUUCUGAUCAGUGAAAGUGAUAGUUAUGUACUUUGGAAAAGUUGUUCUCCUUGAUGAAGUUUUGAUUUGACCAUAAAGUGAGGUUUGUAAACUUGUGUUAUCUGCAUUCUAACUCGUGAACAAAAUUAUAUUCAUGUGCAUGUAGUUAUCAAAAUUUUGUUUGGGUAAAGUAAUAUGUUGAUUACAGUUUUAUUUGCAUUUUGAAUUUACUGAUUUUUGAGUUCUUGGGUAGUACUUUGCAAGUACAUGUACAGUACGUGUACAUGUGUAUAUUGGGUGUGAUCGAUUGAUUUGUCCUAUUGCCUGAUCACACAGUCAUUUAAUCGAUUCUGCAGCAAGUCUCCAACUUUACUUUCCUUUACCAUGGGUUAUGCCGAAAAGGUGAUCUACUGAUGGCGGAAGUAUCGACCAAUUGUGUGAUGAGAUUGAUGAAUCAUGCAGAUCGACCAAUAGCGCCCAGCAUGCACUGAUUUGCUGGUCCUACUAACCAGAUGCAGUGUUUCAUUACCCAUAUCUGUAGAUUUAUACAGAGAGUCACUUUCUGCAUAAUGGCCCGUUCAUUGUUUUGGAUGGAACCAAAUUUUCACCAUUGUGUCUUUAACCCUUAACCCCCUAGGCCCUUUUUGCUAGGGACCCUCCUCAGUCCUCCAGAAUAAUCCAAUUUGGGGGGUGAAAAACUUGGAUUCUCCCUCAAUCCUCCGAAAUCCUCCAAAUUUCUUGAUAUUGAUACUUGGAGAUGUGCCUACUUUCUUUUACAAUAAAUUACACUUCGUAAGUUUCUUACUAAACAAAUGUACCAUGAGGUACUUGGAGCUAUUUGUUUCUAAAUAAUUAGCAGACCCUUUAAAAUUGGUUUUCAGUCUUAGUUUUACAUAUCAGUGUUAUCAUUGUGUUCACCAUAUACAGUACAUGUACAUUUGAAAAUGAUAAAUUUCAGCAGUUUUCAGAUUUGGGAAAAAGUCAUUGGAUGAAGCCAUCUUGUAUUACAUGUACAUCCAGGUUUUCAAUUAUUCACCAACACACUUUGGAGAGUGUAAUUACUUAUUAGUCUCUUCAAAGUGAUGUAAUGUACAGUCCAGAAGUCAUAUUUGUAGGGAUUUAAGUGCCUAGACACUGUUACAUCGUUAAAACAAAUCUGUUCCGGUGUCAUAAAAUGAAAUGAAGGUGAGAGCGCUUCAUGAGAACCCACAGGCAAAGUUCACAAACUAAAAAUGUAUCUUUGUCUUGAUUAUGUUUCUCAUGAAAUCAAGUGUUCCAAUCACCUCAGCCAGAAAAGAAAAUCUCGAUACACGUACACAUCUUGGUCCUCGGAGGGAUCUGCACUUCCUGUACCUUGUGACGAUGUCAACGCUUUGCACUUGUAGCUCCUCAGAAAGAACUCUUCACUCGGCCAUAUGUGAUGCACAACACUUUGCACAAGCAGGUCCUUGGAAAGAUUUCUCAGUUUUCUACCAUUUGGAAAUGAUGUCAAACCUCUGCACUUGCAGGUCCUCAGGAAGAGAUCUUUAGUCUUCGCAUUGCUGAUCUGACUUGAUGUGAUGUUGAAUAUGAACUUCCAUAUAGUGAUAGGUCUUUCAAAAGAGCUCUGUUCGUUAACCAUUUUGCAAAAUCAUACCAAGUUGCUGCAUGUGUACAUGUUGUAAAGUCCUCAGAAAGAUUGCUACCUCCAACUGAAUGACAACAAAUAAAAACUUGGCACCGGUACUCCUGUGGAGAAAUUGA